UCAUUGAGCAAAUUACCACUGAUCCAGCAGAGGGUCUCAGGCAGACUGUGUGGUUCUGGCAGGGACUGGAGACUAGCUCUCUCUGGGGUUUAAGAAGGAUGGAAGAAACGAGGGGCAAAUGAUUGUAUACUUCAUUUCGAUGUGACAUAUGUACUCUAUUCUUAAUGGCUCAUUAUUGAUUCUUCCUUUUUGAUAUUACGCCCCUCCCCUUUUUUUCCUGUGGAGUAUCUUUUGUGUGUUUUGUUUGAGAGUGGUGGCUCAUGCUGAAAGAGGCAGAGAGCACUUCUCCCAGGAGGAUUCAUCUCACUUCCAGCCCUGAGUGACUUUUUCCUCCAGCUGCACCAAUGACUCUCAAUACACGCCUGCUACACGGAUAUGGACUGUAUUAUUUCUUGGCAUUGUUGACACUUUUGACGUCACAAGUUGAUGGGCUGCAGUGUUAUGCCUGUAACAUUGUGCAUAACCAGAGGUAUGUGGAUGUAGGCUGCUCCAGCCCUGAAGUCAUCACCUGCUCCCACUCUCACAAGGGCUUCAAGCAUCGCUUCUGCAUCAGGACAGAAAGUGUUGCAUUGGGAGUCAUGCUGACCAGUGGCUGUGCCACAGCCCGACACUGCCACACGGAGGAGCUGCCGGGAGUCAACAUCCACUGCUGCGCCUCUGAUCUGUGCAACAGUGCCACCCGCUGGAGAACAACCACACUGAUGCCUAUGUGCUCAUUGACGUUUGCUCUGUUGCUUCAAAGUGGGAUACUGUCGACGAAAUGACUUAGAACUUCAAACUCAACGGCAAAAUCACGGCAGCUACGCUUGGAUUUAAGACAUAAAGGAGUGUACCUUGAAAAUAUAAUCAUCCAAUAUCUGUGUGAACACAGUCUCUGGAGUAGCCUAUUGUGUGUGUGUGUGUUCAUGUUUAUAUUACAUUGUGUGGACCAAACAACCAGUAUAGUAAAACCUGAAAGCACCUACAUUGUGGGGACCAGCCAGCGGUCCCCAUGAUGUAAACAGCGUAUAAAUCAUACUAAGUAAUGUUUUUUGAAAAUGUUAAAAUGCAGAAUGUUUGUUUGAGUGUGUGUGUGUGUGCGAUACAUCUCAAAAUCAGUGGGCCGUGAAAAUGACGCUGACCUUUUCUCGUUUAUUUAUUUAUUUUAUUUUAUUUUCAAUGUGAAUUUUGGACGUAUGACGUCCGUUCUCCUCACGUUCCCACAGGUUUUGUCAUCACAUUGACUUUGAACAUGAUGCACUAACGUUUGACAAUCAAGAAAGUGCUGAUAAACGUAUUGUCUUAAUUUUGAAUAUUUAUAUAAGACAUCUAUUGCACUGAAAAUUAUUUUUGUUUAAAGAUGUAAAUAGCAUUCCAUAAGCAAAUACAUGUCUUACCUUGAUCACAUAUUAAGUGCAUUGUCUUGAUUUUCAUCAUGUCCGUAAACAGAAAAGAAGGCCUGGCUAAUAGCCUAUGCAUAUUAUGCUGUAUGACAGUGCUGUAUAAUUGCUGAACCAUAUGAAUUCUUGGCUGAGAGAAGUGAUCUCUAAUUUAUCUCUAAAGGAUGUCUUAAGAGGGCUCAGAUCUACAGAAGAUGGCAGUGUUUCACAAUCUCUUGACACAGGCUUAAAUGUUCAACCUGACAAAAUUUGACACUGAAGAUUUGUUGUGGUGCGUUUCACAAUCUCAGUCCACUGUAUUCAUCGUAAUUAGAGUCAUGAAACAUGCCUGACUAGAGCAAUAUUUUACUGGGAUUCAUUCUUUGCUAGAAAUUGUUUGAAACAUAUGCACUGUGAUUCAUCACAUUGGUCCUUUGAAGGCGACAGAUUCUGAGAACAGUUUAAGAGCAAUAGUCUUUCUUAUGGUGAAAGCUCUUAUGAAAAUAAACGGAAAG